GAAUCUCUCCUACCCUUUUCUCUUUUCGGGCAAUGGCUUCCUAUUUCUGGCAACAAUUCCACCUCCCUUUCUUCCUGUUCCUUUCCCUCCCCCAUUCUUUACACACGUUUUCUGUGUCCAUCUCUCCCCACCACACAAAUUCAAACACAGUUUGUGUUAUUUCUCUUCACAAGCAACUUUUUACGAAAACCUAAUGAGAACAACAUUUCGGAUAGAUCGAUAGAUUGAUAAAGCUUUGCUAAAAAAGGAGAUCGAUCUACUAGCUUAGAAAAUCAAUGGCGAGAGGAAAGAUCCAGAUAAAGAAGAUAGAGAAUUCGACGAAUAGGCAAGUGACGUAUUCCAAGAGGAGAAACGGAUUGUUUAAGAAGGCGAGUGAACUCACUGUGUUGUGCGAUGCAAAGGUGUCGAUUAUCAUGGUUUCUUGUACUGAUAAGCUUCAUGAAUACAUCAGUCCUUCCAUUACGAUGAAGCAGUUCUUCGAUCAGUAUCAGAAGGCAACAGGAAUCGAUCUCUGGAACUCUCAUUAUCAGAAAAUGCAAGAGGAACUGAGACAGCAAAAAGAGGGAAACAGAAAUCUUAGGAAGCAAAUUAGGCAAAGAUUGGGUGAUUGCUUGGAAGAUCUCAACUUUGAAGAAUUGCUUGCGCUUGAAAAAGAUUCACAAGAGGCUGUCUACAUUAUUCGUGAACGCAAGCUCAAAGUCAUUGGUAAUAAAGUGGAGACUUCCAAAAAGAAGGUGAGAAGUGCCCAAGAUGUAUACAAGAAACUCAUGCAUGAAUUUGAUUUAAGAGGAGAGGAUCCACAAUAUGGGAUGAUAGAAGAUGGGUUGGAGUACGAAAAUGUCUAUGGAUACCCACAAAUAUCUCCACCAAACAUCCUAACUCUACGAUUACAGUCAGAGCAUCCCAACAACCUUCAUAUCGUACCCGGUGGAGCUAAUGCAUCCAACAUGACCACUUAUGGUUUGCUUGGGUAGGACAAUGCAUAUUGCUAAGUGCUAACUAAUGAAUUGAUUGAAUUCCAAAAAAAUUCAAUCGUGUGAACUGGUUACGUUUCAUAAAGUUUUGCCUUGUUUGGUUGGCAUAUGAUAGACAUUUUGAGUGUUUCUUAUUUUCUCUUUUGAAGUAAUUCACAUAUAUGGU